AUAUUUUAUACAAUGAUAAUAUGAAGAGAUUUUCGACUAUAAAGUGAUAGAUCUUUAUGCAAAUUUUCCGCUAUUCCACGUGAGUAAAGGUUAAUCACGUUCACGUGUGAAUGGAAACAGGUUAUGAUGUCACUUUUCCAAAAAAAACAAAUAUGUAAGGAAAUAUUUGCUGAAAUUAAGUGGAUAUUUUUGCAGCAAAAAUAAAAAGAUUAAAACAUCGUAUCAGGUACUAUUUCGUAAUACAGCUUUUCUAAAACGUUCUCCAUGUGUAAAUAGUUUAGGUUAUUACAUGGUCAUCAAAUUUGUAAGCAAUUUUUGAUUUACAAAAUGAACAUAUAUUACAUAACUUUCUGUCCUUAAUAUAAUAUAAAUCGUGUAAGAAAGAUUUCUCAAAGCAAGCAGAACUUCAACUAUUUUGUAUGUAAAAUCACAAUGUUUAUGUCCAAGAGAUUUUUAAAAACAACUGCACUUGGAGUAAUUGGAUUAGGCACUUUGGCAUCUCUGAGAGCAAAUGAAUACGAUUUGGGAUCUAUAGGUAUUGUACGACUAGGACGUGCUGCACUUACUGUUUUUAUAAUAGGCAGACAUUAUCAAAGUGAAUUAUAUUCAACCAAAUUAGACAGAAAUAGUCCAGAAUAUCGAGAUUUAAAAUCAAAAACUCACAAGUACGGAGCAGAAAAACUUUUAGAGCUCUGCUGUGCCAAUAAAGGUGUCUAUAUAAAAGUUGGUCAACAUAUUGGUGCUUUAGAUUAUCUAUUACCACCUGAAUAUGUUAAUACUAUGCGAGUAUUGCAUAGUUCUGCACCCCAAUCAUCUUUUAAAGAUGUACUUACCGUAAUUAAAGAAGACUUCAAGAAAGAUCCAUACGACAUAUUUGAGAGUAUUGACCCUAAACCUUUAGGCACUGCCAGUUUAGCACAAGUUCAUAGAGCUGUAUUAAAAGAUGGUAAUGUUGUUGCCAUUAAAAUUCAACAUCGUGCAGUCAAAACAAAUUCUUAUGUGGAUAUAAAGACUAUGGCAGCUUUAGUAAAAAUGACAUCAUUAGUCUUUCCUGACUUUAAAUUUGAUUGGCUUGUUGAUGAAACCAAGAAGAACAUUCCUAGAGAAUUGGACUUUACAGAAGAAGGGAAAAAUGCUGAAAAAAUUCAAAGCAUAUUUUCACAUUAUCAUUGGUUGAAAAUACCUAAAAUAUAUUGGGAUCUUUCAUCGCGUCGUGUUCUGACAAUGGAAUUUGUAGAAGGUGGACAAGUGAAUGAUUUGAAAUAUAUUCAAAACAAUAAUUUAAAUCCUUAUGAAGUCAGCAGCAAAUUGGGUCGACUUUAUAGUCGUAUGAUAUUUAUCGUGGGUUUUGUACACUCUGAUCCACACCCUGGUAAUGUUUUAGUCAGAAAAAAAGAUAAUGAAGCAGAAAUAAUACUUUUGGAUCAUGGAUUGUAUGCAAACCUUUCUAACGAGUUUCGAGUGGAAUACUCUAAACUUUGGUUGGCUAUAUUAGAUGGAGAUAAGGUUGCAAUGCAGUUGCAUUGUGCAAAAUUAGGUGUACCAGACUUAUAUGGUCUACUAGCUUGUAUGGUAUCAGGCAGAUCUUGGAAUACAAUUAUGUCUGGUGUACAAAAAACCCAAUAUGAUUCGCAAGAGAAAGAAGAAUUUCAAAAGGAAAUACCAAAUUUAUUACCACAAAUUAGCGAUGUACUAGAAAGAGUAAAUAGACAAAUGUUAUUGAUUCUUAAAACAAACGACCUUAUACGCUGCAUCGAAUAUUCUUUGAAUACAGAAUCUAGAAAGUCAGGAAUGAUGGAAAUGUCAAAAUGUUGUAUAAAUUCUGUGUACGACGAGAAACUAAAAUCAUGUUCAAAUACAUGGUCAAGAUGGAAACUUUCCAUGUCUAAACAAUGGAUACUUUUCAAAUUAUCACUAUAUUAUGUAUAUUUAGGAGCACUAAGUUUUGACAUAAAAAACUCCAUAGAAUCGCUUAUGAAAAAUGAAUUUUAUGCUUUUUAACAAAAGGUUUUCUUAGGUAAAAUAUAUUUUUAUGUAAAUUAAAUAUGUAACUAAUUGAACACUAUAAUUAAAUAUUUUUUGGGGGAUACACAUUAACCUUAUUCAUUGAAAAAAAUAAUUUUGUGAAAUUUGUAAUUGUUGUUGUUGUUGUUGUAAGAAAAUGUAUUUUUUAUUUAUUUUCAUGCAUUAAAUAGAAAAGAUACAAAGCAAUUAUUUCUAUGUAAAAUUGAAUUGUAUCUAUACAAAAUAAGUACAAAUAUUUAUUGUUCUUUGUUGUUUGUACAAAUCCAUUGUGCCAGUGAAAUAGUCAAAGUGACAUUCGAAUGUUUUCUAUAAAUAUGUAAAUACAUGGGUAUGUUGCUGGUACCCCUUUUGUAUUUUUACUUUAUUGUUCUUUUCGUUAUACAUAAAUAACAUCUGGAUUUUGUUGUUAUUUCAUUACAUGAACAGGGAAUAUGUAUUAUUUUAGUAUCGACUAAAAUUGUUAGUUAUAUUUAUCAAGAAAAUUAUAUAUACAUUAAAUACGUUCGAAAAUAAAUCAUAUGUUUAUUGUAUCGUCUUUUGCACAGUGUAUUAUAUGUCCUGAAUAUUUACUAAUUUCUAACAUUAAUAAAGUGACAUAUGUAAUUCGCUUAUAUUCUAACCCUAAUGUGUAUUUACUAUGCGAAUAUUCAAACAAAAAAAUACAAUAUUCGCAGAAAGGAAAGCGUCCCUCGUAUGUAUGUAUACGUUGGGUACAGUUGAGUAUAUAUCACAGUUAUUCUUGACAGCGUUGCCACGUUUCAUGAUUUCCACGUAAAAUAUAUUUACAUUUUAUUCAUAUAAGAAAAUUAUAUCCGUAGUUAUAUUACAUAUAACCACUCUCUUUUAAUAUUUACAUCUAAAGAAAGAUCAAGUCUUUACAAAUCGUCAAAUUCUACUCAUACACGCACCAAACGUAAUUUUCUUUGUAUUUUCGGAACUUUACCGAACAUUUACAUUGCAUUUUACAGCAAACUACGGCAAGGAUAUUACUCGGUGCUUAUUGUAAAGUGCUUUAUCGUAAAGGGAACUCAUUUUAUUAUAUAAUUAAUAAAUAUUACAAUAACGUUGGUCCAACGUUUGCUUAACGUUGCAUCGAAAUCUUCGGACAAAUGCUAAACGUGUAUAGGCAUAAUCCAUUCACCUUUUCUUGAAAACGAGACAAUGCGUAACAUAAAAUAUCGUGAAAGAAUUUCUGAAUUCAGGGAAAUGCGAUAUAAAUAACAAAGCUACGUUAUUGAUCGAAGUGACGCCGAGAGAAUUGGCAACGCCGCCAAGUAUCUGCAACGGCGAAACGUAUGACGCUACCCGGGAAGGCACGCAAUUGAUGGCCGACCGCACAACGCAUUCCUACGCCGAAAAUUAUUUUCUAGAAUCGAAGUGUUUCAACAAAUUCAUAAAUUAUUCGAGAGAUUUAACUUCGGAAUGGUUAAAUACAGGUGAAAGAUUCGGUCGAGUGAAUAUUUUCUGGAAAAUUUCGUAGAAAGAACGUCGUUGAAGGAAUUUUGUAGGGGACUAUUUUCUAUUGAUCGCGCGUAAGGAUACCAGUUAGUGGCGAGCUUGGGGGUAUAUAAGGUCCCCCCAACUGGCGCAGCCCUGGCAUUUCCUGAGUCAUCUUCAAGUGGUCGAGGCUGUAUCUUGCUCGCUAGCUCAAAGUUUUUUCUCUUUUGGAAUCGCCGGUAUAUUCUUCCGUCGUUCGAGAAGAAACACGAGCCAGAUGCAGUCUCACCAUUUGAGAUGGCAAUGGGACGGGCGGAGGGAGUUGCUGUUUGCAGCGAUGCCGGGUGUACCGCAGGGGAACAGGGAUUCCAUGUUCUAGUCUCUACGCCAUUCAUCGGUUUGGUUUGUAAACUGUAUCGGAACAAACGUAUUCUCUUUGCAAUUUUUUUCGUAAUGUUUACCAAUGAAGGAAGUACAAAGCUUGUAAAGAAUGUGUUCGAAGAGCACUUGAUCUAGGAUAUUUUUACUUUUUUCAGAAACAUUGCAGUUUCAUUGAUAAUAUACGUAAAAUGUGUAUUUGUAUAAAAGCGUACGAUUCUAAACGAAUUUCUAUAGUUAAUUAGAUAAUUCGUAGAUUUAACGACUAGUAAUGUUUGUGCUUAAGUUAUUUCAAAGAAUGGAAAGAGACUUUUUUUUGUGCGUAGACUCUGUGUAUUAUGGAGAAAGCGUUAAUCUAACAAUUCUUUUGUAAAUAUUGUGAUACAGCAGAAGAGGAGCAGAAUUGAAAGAAUAAAUGUUAAAAAGAAAAGUUGACAAUUUAUUCUGUAUAAUCUCUCGAUUCACCAUUAUUAAUACCAAAAAUCCGUUUCAGUAUGGCAUACACCUUACAAAAUUCUAUCGCACGCAAGAGACCCGCACACAUGUCGUCCAGGCUGUUGCUCGUCAUCGGCGACGUCAUUGGCCUGUCUAUAAAACCAUAAGAGUCAAAUGAGAGGAGUGGUGAGAGAGGAUUAUUAGUAUGGGAUGAGGAAAGGGGCAAAGUGUUUGUUUCUAGAAAUUCGCGCAUGAAGCGUUGCGGCUGAGUUGCACGGCGAUCAAGUCACACAUAAACACCUUCCGUUCGCACUUCUGUAUCUCGACCACGCAUCGACUAGUCCCAAAAUCAUCUGGGGCGUGAUAGACAGACUCACUUCGAGCAAAACGGCAGGAAACUUGAGCCCUGUUUGGUGAGCUACUCCCUUUUGUCCGUUACCUGUGCAAACGUGUUUUCUCAGGUCCAGAAACGUUUUCCCCGAUGCUUGCACCAUCAAGUUGUACAUGUCUCACUCCGCUUAUUGACGUACAACGCCAAGUCAACUUAAGCUGGCCGCCCAAAGAACUGCAUAUUGUCCCAUUUCAAUUAGGAUAAUAGCCCCGAGGUAUGGAGAGAGUAAUUCAUUGCAUGUCUGUCCGAAUUGAGACGACCGAGAAAGGCCAGAUAUAACGUAUCGCAAGUAGUACAUCUAAUUUUUAAUACGAGCAUGCGAAUAUAAAAAGGCUCAAAACCAAGUAGGAGAACGCUACAAUUUUUAUAACUGCUACGCUGGUUGUAUUUUUUGGGCCGCUGUGGCAUUGGAUAACUAUUUCCACAGAUUUGAGGUUCCUGAAUUACUCCUCGGGUGCUAGAACAAGAAGAUUUGUGUAAUAUAUGUUCUAGAUCAAUGUGUAAGAUAACGCUUCUUGACAAGAGGUAUGGAGAAGAGUUAUACGAGCAAGAAUAGAGGUAUUGGUUCACGUUACAGUUAAAUUAAUGCAAGAAACGAUGAACAUAUUCGGAAUGUUUUUGGUUAAGUUUGGGGAUCUGGGGGGGGACAAUUUGAGAAAAUUUUGUUUACCGCAGAAAAUCAUUGUACAAAAUGGCUGUUUGGAGAGUUGCCUUUCACGUUUGAUAAUAGGAAUGCCGGUGGCAUGUGGCAGAUAUUGGCAGAUACUUGAAACUUUUCACGAUCAGUUCUAACACGUAAACGAUGAAUUUGAUAUUUUCACGGAACGGAACGAUGCAGUAUUAUUUUGAAACGCAAGGAUGAAGUAUACGUGUCAAGAAUGAGUCGGACAUCUUGGAAUUCACGCAAAAGUUUAUAAUUGUACAAUUAUCAUUCAGUAAGAUAAUGGUUUGAAUACGGAUGGCUUAAACGAGUUUUGCUCUUACGUGUUUGGAGUGUGGUAUCAAAUAUUUACGAUUUUAUGCAUAUCGUUUUAAAUGUUUUCUUGGGGGAGAUUCUGUCCGGAUGCCUUUGUUUUGUACUGCAGGAGUACCUGAAAGAAUUUGUAUCUUCGAUGUGCAACUGUAAGCAAACAACUACAGGCGGUCAUUUCCAUUGCUGGAACGUGUCGCGUUCGUGUUACAAAGGUACCACCAUAGUGUAUGUUUAAGUAGAAAGAUUUUGGGAGGUGGGGGCAGAAGGGGGCGGCGGUAAACAUUAUGUUUCAGCUAGACUGGCUAAAGAACGCGUGUUAUCAACUUUAUGCGCACUUCAUAAUCUUUAAAUAUGCACUUUAUUAUUGUAACUGGGCCCUGACACGAUCAUGCUGAACAUAUUUUACGGUGAGGCACAUGUGAUAUUACGAAAAUUGCAUUUUUAAAGAGAUACAGGCAUCGUGGAAGAAGGUAACAGUUUCAUGAUGAACAAUUUCACGUUGUAAAUAUUAGACGUAUAUGGGGAAAUGCAAGGGAUGGGAUGCGCAAUCUUGUUAUUGUGAGCUGCAGGACUGAUGCCGUACGUAUCUCUCUUAUCGCAAUGGACAAAAUCAAUUCGGACGGGAUUACUUGAUAGUGGAAGAAGCCAUUCAUUUUUUGUAUUUAUGGUGCCAAUGUAAGUCCUUCGAUUUUCAAUACAUUCGGUUCUUUAGAAAUAUUCGAGGCGAUACGGAGACGCUCGUUUAACGACGAAAGAAGAGGUUGAGAGAAGAGCAUGUUAUAUAUUGAUUUAUUUUGAAUUAAAUUGCUGUAAUAGUGCUAUCUUCGAUAAGGUAUUUUAGAUGAACCAGGUGAUGCACUCUAACAUAUAUUUUCUUAGUGUAUAUUGAUAGUUUGGAUUCAUUUGUUCUAUUACGACGAUUUCUGGCAAAUUUUCAUACGACUAAUUAUAUUUGUGAGAAAUGUUUGACGGGAUGGGUGGGGGGCUUAUAAAACAAUGUUACCUUUUUUCCCACAGAGUGUUUAGCAGAUGGCCGUUUGUUUGAAGUUGUUUGGUUGCAAACUCAACUGAAGCAUGGUAGCAGAGCACGCUAGCGUUAAAGCCUUGAAUAUAUAUAUACAUGCAUAUAGUAUUCAAUCACCAAGUUAGGAUCGUUUCAAUCUUUGAACGACAGAUGUUCUUCGGGUAUACCUGUCGGGUAUACCUACUAGGUCGUUACUUCGGAAUAUGCAAGAAAAUAUCGCACCAGAAGUAUAUGAGUUAUAUAUUCAGCCGUUGCUCCACGGGAAGACAGUGCUGUGAAAUACAUCUAUACAUGUAUGUAUUGCUUAGAUGAACAGUAUUUUUAUCACGAUGUUAGGAAAGGGACAUAUACGAUUAGCAGAAUUUUCAAAGCCUUUGAAAAUAUUGAAAACAAUGUUUACGAAAAGUACAUUUGUGUGGAUGAGUUUUAUUAUGCUUGAAGUAUGAAUAUGCAACAAAUCACUACGAAAUGUUAGUUUUUGCUUUAAAUGGAAAGUAACGCAUUGACGAAAGCAAGAAAAUCAACAACGCUGCGCUCCUAUCAGGUAACAGUUUCAAAUCAUAAUCUUCGCUCAAAUUUAUCGUUUAGUCGGAGAAAGAUGUAAUUUUUACGAUCCUACUAUGAUUUUAAAUCGAUCAAAUUUUAAGAAAGAGGUAUAACUUUUACAGAUUCGCUAUUCAUUUAGAAUCUUUCAUCUUAUCGAUACGAAUAUGUUCUAAAAGAAAAUUUGUGAUUCGUGUUAAUGUGACAAAGUUCAUGUUCUGUUCAAAAACAUAUGUGGAUAUUUAAUCGACUCGAAAGGAAUUUAUAUAAGUUAUAUUACGCAAGGACCCUGGAACAAAUGACUACUUAAAUUUUUUGUCAACUGUAGCAGUAUUUCUCUGAGACUGUAGUUAUGCGAGCAAGUUCUGGUUAUAAUUUCGUUUUCAAGUUCAGUUAUAUAGUGUAAUAAGUGCACAAGAAAUCCUACGAUAGUAUUGCAGUGUAUCUUCGCUAUCUGCUAAUGCGCUUUUAUAUUGAGUUCAUGUGAUUAUGUGAAAUUCGAGAACACAUUUAUGGAGAAUGCAGCAGCUCAAGCUUUAUGGUGACUAAAGCAUAAAAUGAUCUAAUGAUGCUUGGCAUAAAAAUCUACGAGUAUUGGAUAUAAUAUUUGAGUAUGUUAGGAAAUGGCUUUUAAUUGUAGUAAGACUUUUGGUGAGUGAAUAAUCGUUCAAUGUAUAUUUUUUCUAAAACAAUGGACAACCGUUUAGAGUUUGUGAUUAGAAUAAUUUGUGCCAUUAGUUCGAAAUUUACGGUAAUGCUCUUGAGUGCUGUGUAUUAUGCUUGAUGGCUUUUGUUUAUCCAAAUACUUCGAAUGUUCUGUAAGUUCUGUUUGUGCAGUUCAUUUUGUACGACUAUAGAAUUGUGUAUAAUUUCAAAUAAAUGGAAUAGUGGGGAUGGGUCGGGGGGGUAGGGGUAUACUAAUCCUAUGCAAAUUAGCUACAUUCCAGCAAACAGUAUUCAGCAUCGUAAAAACAGAAUUUCAAAGAAAAAGAUAAGGAAAUGAGUCUGACUGGACAGGAGGCAAUUUGCAAAGUUAAUUUUUCUUGCGUUUCGUAUGACUCUUAUCAAAUGACAUUUAAUAUUGCAAGCAACGGUUAAGGUGAAUCGAAUAAUUCAAGGAAGCUGUACACAAAUUCAAAGAUUCAUUUAAGGAACGUAACGGUUCGAGGGAUUGAUUGUCCUGUUUCUAAGUAUUUUAAGGUCUACCGAAUUGCAUUCCAAGGUCUUUCGUGUUUCCCUUCCGAAAAAGCUAACCAAGUGUUUUAGAGAACCGGUUUUGAGUAUGAGUGCGUGCAGAUAAGGAAGGCGAGAGUACACGUCUAGAAGUUACGGAAUGAUGCUCGAUUAUUUGAAGUACAAAAUACACGUCAGAGGUCUUCCAAUCUCCAACUAUCUGCGUAUGGGGUUUGGUCUGUUGGCUUGUCUCUGUAAUUCUAUCUAUUGUUGGAUAACUCGAGCACAGUUUGGAAUGGAUUUCCCAAAUGCACGGCUUUUUCCUGUCUUUUGGUGGCGAGGAAUAGGCGACAUAUUAUCCUGUUUAAAACAAAGGAACGACUUCGAGGCUGAUUUCGCCCUACGUAAUUUUGGAGUCGAGUUGGAGUUCGAGCAGCUGGAUCGUUUGUUGCGUUAUUCGAUGGGAUCAUGAGUAAUCGUUGCGUGUCGAAUUCGAGUGAUGAACGGCCAUGGGUUUUCUCUCUUGGGGUUUUCAACAGGCUACGAUACUUCACGGUACGACGCGGCAAGGCCAUCGUUGCAGAGUUCCAGCAGAAACGCCUUCUUUCCUUUUAUUUACAAAAUUUAAUUGCUAGAUAUUACGAUUCCAGUAUGUUAUUUAAUUCGUUGACUAUUAACUAGCAAUGAAUUCUUAGAAAUUAUGGUCAUUUGUUUCGGAUCGUAAAACAGAAUGCUAAUAAUUUAUGCGAUACGCAUAAAUACUUCAUGAAAGGUGUCGAAUUUUUAGCAUUGAAGAAAAAAAGUAAGAAGUUUUCGUGUUUCAAAAGCGAUUGUACGGAACAUUUUUGUCUUACAAAGAGAAGACAUUUUUUAAUGGAAUAUUACGAAGUAUGGAAAAUACAGUGCACAACUGAAUUUAUAACAAAACUUCGUCCAAGUAUUGAGAAAAAUACGGAAAACUUCCUAGUAGAGGAGCGAAAUCUAUAUUAAUAUAGACUUACGUGGUUUACAAAAGAUAAUACGCUACGCGUAAAGUUAUGGGUAAUUCAGAAUGUUGUUUUUGUGGAACGUCAAAGAAGAGUUAUAAAAAAAAAAAGGAAUUACCUGGUAAUAUUAUGGGAAAAGUUUAAUACAAGUACCAGAACGAUAACGAAACAUCAAAGAAGAAUCAAACAUAAAAAAUGAUAUCGUCGCGGGACUUCGUGGGAUUCAGAAGAAGAGGGUAUCAACGCGGGACUUCGUGGGAUGUUGAAGAGUGUAUCGACGCGGGACUUGAUGGGAUGCUGAAGAAGAGGACACCAUCGCGGGUCGACGUGGGAUGCUGAAGAAACCAAAGGUAUCGCUACGGGGACUUGGAUGCGGAAGAAGAGGAUUUCAACGUGGGGGGACUUCGUGGAAUCCAGAAGAAGCUGAAAUGUCAGUACCGGAACUUUUGCGGAUGCAGAUGAAGAGGAUAUCAACGUGGGACUUCGUGGGAUCCACAAGGGAGAAUCUGAAAAUUAGAAUCACUGAUGCAGAAGAAGAUGUUACGUCGACGUGGGACUUCGCGGGAUUCAUAGAAGAGGAUACCGGCGUGGGACUUCGCGGGAUUCAUAGAAGAGGAUACCGGCGUGGGACUUCGCGGGAUACAGAGAAGAGGAUAUCAACGUGGGGCUUCGCUAGUCUGAGAUGAAGAAUAUUAACAGCAGGACAUCACGAGGCAGAAAUGAUAAGAAUACUCCGAGGUUAUCUAAUAUUGAUACUAAGUAAAAAAAGGUCUAUCAUUGGGGUUUUUACGAAAAAUAAUGAACAUACAAUUUCUUAUUUAGAAUAAUUUAGUCGACAUUUUUGUCGAAUCUUAUCUCUAAAAGUUAGAAUUUUAGAAAUGCAAAGUGUUAUAGUAUAAAACAAAAUCACUGUAUUCAAACAGUAUGACAUAUUAUAGUUUAUUAGAAAAUAUUUAAAAAAUUUAGCGAAUUGAGGUCAUUGAAAUCAUUGUUAAAUUAAUAUUUUUUUACUUACUAAGAUUUGAUAAAAUUCAUUUAUUUCACUAUUGAGUUUUUAAUAUUAAAAAAAAAAAAUGAAAAAAAUAUAUAAAUUAAAAGAGAAAGAAAAAAAGAAAAUACAAAAGAAAAAAGAUACUUAUUAAAAAAAGAUAAUUUUACGAAACAAAUAAGCAAAUUUAAAAAAAAAAUGAUAACUUUAAAAAAGAAAAAAAAAACAGAAAUUAAAAAAAGAAAAACAGAAAUUUAAAAAAAAAAUGAAAAAAGAAAUUUAAAAAAGAAAACAUUAAAAAAAAAGUAUUAUGUUGUAAUGUUUAUAAAAUAUAAUAUUGUCGUUUCAGUUUUAUACAAGAAUUACGAAUUACGUAUCGUUUGAAAAUUGAAUGAAAUGUUUAUUAAUUUGUUAAUCGAAUAUUGUGAAACAUGUUAUAGGACAAAAUAAUUAUGAUAAAAUGUUAAAAAAUAUUGGGCAUAAUGGGCCAAGUAUGUUGGGAAUUUUAUUUUGACAGGUUUCAAGAUUCAUCAACCGACCAUCGAAAAAUAAUUAUACUACCAUUGUUACUAUCAUUAAAAGACGACAUCGAGUAAUACGUCUAUCAUGAUUACAAGAGGGGACUUCGUAUGAUGCUAACACCAGAAUGCAAACAGGAGUAACAACGAUAGGCGACUUUGAGAAACAUCGGUACCAUGCGGCGACAUCGAAGGACAUCCGGGUCAGAUGGUGCCAACGUGUGAGACACCGGGACCAGGAGACGACAACGUGGGACAUCGGGAUCAGGAGGCGACAUCGAGGGACAUCGUGACCAGGAGGCGACAUCGAGGGACAUCGGGACCAGGAGGCGACAUCGAGGGACAUCGUUACCAAGGGGCGACGUCGAGGGACAUCAGGACCAAGAGGCGACGUCGAGGGACAUCGGGACCAGGAGGCGACGUCGUGGGACAUCAGAAUCAGGAGACGAUUUCGAAAAAUACUAAGGCACAAGAGAUGAUUGAAGAAAUACCAAGAUGCGAACAUGAAUUUAUAUACAAUCAUGCAGCAGAAUGAAUUAUAUUAAUAAAGAAUCAAUUUUCAAUGA